UUCGUACAUUACAUAUCCCUGCUGUUUGACAAUCGGCGGCUAUUUUCUACGUGUCAAUGGUAUACGUGUAGUUAGUUAAAUUAAUUCCUUUGCUAUUUACAAAAAACAAAUAAAUAUGCAUACGGUACUAACGCGGGGCAAUGCAACAGUUGCUUACUCGUUAAGCGUAUUAGCCUGUUUAACAUUUUGCUGCUUUCUUUCAACUGUAUUCCUAGACAGCAGGACAACUGCACACGUAAACACCGUAAAAGUGUUGGUUAAAAACGUGCCCGACUACGGCGCCUCGCGUGAGAAACAUGACUUGGGCUUUCUCACCUUCGAUUUGGAAACGAACCUCACCAGCCUUUUCAAUUGGAAUGUAAAACAAUUGUUCCUUUACUUGACCGCGGAAUAUAAGACACAGGACAACGUACUAAAUCAAGUUGUGCUGUGGGAUAAGAUAAUUUUGCGUGGCGAAAAUUCGGCGCUUGAUUUUAAGAAUAUGAAUACUAAAUAUUACUUCUGGGAUGAUGGCAAUGGAUUGAAGAACAAUAAAAAUGUUUCAUUAUAUUUAUCAUGGAAUAUUAUACCGAAUGCCGGCUUGUUGCCUACUAUCAAAUCACUUGGCUCACACAUCUUCAAAUUUCCGGCUGAAUAUUCAGUAGCUCCAGUGUAGGUUAUGCCUACAAUCAUAUUUUGAACUUAAUUUUCAAUAAGUAAAUUAAACACAAAUUAGAAUUAUGUAUAUGAAAACAAUACGUACGUAUAUGUACUUCUUAAUUUCGAUCCUCAAUAAAUAAGAGUUAAUAGUAA